AUGACUACCGUUCCGGGGUCUCUGGUGUGGGAGCUGGUGAAGAAGAACAACUGCUUCUUGAUCAAGCAGUUCGGCAACAGCAACGCCAAGGUGCAGUUCAGCAAGGAGCCCAACAACCUCUACAAUGUCCACUCCUACAAGUUCUCGGGCUUGGCGAACAGCAAGACCGUGGCGGUCCAGCCAUCAGCAGGAGAGGACAAGGCUGUCAUCCUUUCCACGACCAAGACCAAGAAGCAGAACACCCCUGCCAAGCUCCAGCACAAGACUCUGAUGCGCAAGGAGUUCCGCAAGAUGGCCAAGUCUGUCAAGAACCAGGUCUGCGACAACUACUACAGGCCUGAUCUGACCAAGCCGGCCCUUGCAAGGCUGAGCGCCGUGUACCGCAGCCUCCAGGUUUCAAAGUCUGGGAUCAAGAAGAAGAACAGGCAGCCAACUAAGCUGUAA